AUGACGGUAAUGGAAAAUAAUAAGGAACAGUUGAAAAAGUGUCAAAGGAAAACAACCUCUUCUUCUUGUUAUUCUCGUAUCAAUAAUCUCGACGAUGGUUGUCUUAUGCACAUCUUCAGUUUCCUAUCCCCUAUUCCAGAUCGCUUUAAUACCGCCCUCGUUUGCCACAGAUGGAAUUACUUGGCAUGCCAUCCUCGCCUGUGGCUUCGGGUAGAUCGAUCGGUUAAAGACUUAUCUGAGCCUGGUGUUUUCCCAAACAUUGAAACUGCUGUUUCUGCUUCAAGGCCUGGUGAUACCAUUUUAAUUGCAGCUGGUGGGACUCAUCGCGUGGCAAACAUUCAAAUAAAUAAACCACUCUGCUUGAUUGGUGCAGGUGAAAUUCCAGAUGACACGAUGCUCACUUGUUCGCGAGGCUCAGACAGUGCACUCGAGUUCCUUUCCACCUGCAAAUUAGCAAACUUAACCGUGAAGGCCGAGCUCGGUUGCUGCUUGCUUCAUCGAAGCGGAAGGCUGAUUAUAGACGGAUGCUUACUCCAAUGCGAGUCCAAUCCUCUCGAUUUUCUCUCAUGUCCUAUCGUAAGUACUGCCUGUAGCAGCGAGGUGGUUCCGUCACAAACCAAGUGCAACAACGGCGUAUUUGUUUCUCAGACUCGCAUUGAAGGAGGCGCGAAAGCCGUUUUGACAAGUGGAGAUUUGGCGUUGCAACGAGUGAGAGUGGUUUAUGCAAGAACUUCUCUUCUUUUCUGGUUUGAUGUAGAGCAGAUGUUAUCAAAUUGA